AUGAAGCUCGCUCUGGCAUGGCUUGCAGCGACACUAGUGUCCGUCGCUAACGCAGAUACUCUAUACAACCUCACUUCUGCAUUCUCAGAUGACUGCGCCAUAUUCUGCACCAGCACUGCUGUUAUAACCGACGAAUGCGCUGAUGAUAGCGUCGCAUGCUGGUGCAAGUCCCCGGACUUCCUCUCUGACACCGGCUGUUGUAUUGCUUACAUGUGCGAUGAGGAUAUCAGCUAUGUGAGGAAUACCCUCGACAAGUGGUGCGCUGCUGCGUCUGUCCCGGGGCCUACCGCCAAUUCCACAAAUUGCUCUUAUCCAUAUGAGACCGGCACGUCAUCAACUUCAAGCUCUGGAAGCUCAUUGACCUCCUCAAUUGCACAAACUGUGUACGAUAACAACACUCGCUACGAAACCUCCACGGGGAUGACCAUCGGGAUCCCUCUUGGAUGUGUGGGCGCAGUAAUCCUCUUGGCCCUUUUGCUGUGGCGGGCGAUCCGCAAAAGCAGGGAGGAGGACUUGCUGCCGACGCGACGCCCUGCUACACCACCUCCACCUUAUUCAGAAGAAGUACCACAAAUUCCGCAGAUGGAUGCCAGCAAGGAAAGCCCAUCGGCAUCCUCUUGUCGGGUCAUGUGA